UUUUCCCUGUCGCGUCGCGAAACAGAAAUGGAUGACUUUACUGACCUACCUAUCGAGCCUUUAAAGAUGUCAGAAUUCUGGCUGCCGAAUCCUGUUCCUGGUCGUUUGCUUACACAGAACAGUUUGGGACCUGGCGAUGUCGAUCUCUUCACUAGCUGUCUUGAUUCAAGCCAGACAAAGCACGAUUCCACCAUUUUUACUAGAGGCGAGUCGGCCAGCAACGGCGUCGAAGGUAAUCAAAUAGUGAUCUCUCCUGUUUGUAUAUAUAUAUAUAUAUAUAAUGUUUAUGUGGGCGAAAGGUCUUUAAUGCCUAUUAGGAAUAAUAUUAGAAAUGUAUCACACUCAUGUAAAAUAAUUCUUAAAGCAUGA